CAAAGCUGGCAACUUUGCCAGAGAGACGGACUUUAGUGUACACACUUGUGUGGCUGAAGAGGACAAUUGUAACCAGGGUGAUUGGACAGAAUAGGUGGAAAGGGCCAGGAAAAGCUGGAAAAGUGAUAUUGUACAUUGUCAGAGUAUCUAAGGACUGUCUCUCUCCGGUUUGAAUUCAAGGGGGUCUGGCAAUGUCAAACACAGGUACACAUAACAGCAGAAACAAGAGAGUUCUAAUAAAGACUCCCAAGCAAUAUAUUUUUAUUGUGGUCUGAAGAGAGAAGGAGAAAUAGAAGAGACAGAAAAGAGAAAAAAGAAAGGAGAAAAAGAAAGGGAAAGGGAGGGGCGUUCUUGCAUUAGAAGGUGCCUGGUUUCCUUACAGUUGCAUUUGAAGGGUGGAGGAGAAAUCCAUCAUCUAAGAUCAUCUCAACAGGACAACACGUCUCCAUCGCUCAAUCUCACUUUAUUGAUUCGUCAGUCCAUUGCAAGGAUAAAGGAGGACCCUGCUGCGAUGAAGAGACCUCACGAUUACAGUUCCCCACACUCAGACACAGAUGAAUUGAUCGAUGUCGGACAGGAGGACAGCUACUGCCCUGUCACUGGGUCCAUGUCUCCAGGCAGUGCCUCACAGAUCCUGGCUCGGAAAAAGAGAAGAGGGAUAAUUGAGAAGAGACGCAGGGACAGAAUCAACCACAGUCUGUCAGAGCUGAGGAGGCUCGUUCCGAGUGCCUUCGAGAAACAGGGCUCGUCUAAACUGGAAAAGGCUGAGAUUCUUCAAAUGACAGUGGAUCAUCUGAAACUGUUGCAUGCCAUGGGUGGCAAAGUCUACCUUGAUGCUCGUGCCCUGGCGGUGGAUUAUAGGAUGUUGGGGUUCCGGGAGUGUUUGGGAGAGGUGGUGAGAUACCUCAGCUCUCUGGAGGGGGUUGCAUCCUCAGACCCCAUCGGCGCCCGCCUCGUGUCCCACCUCAGCCACUGCGCCAGUGAGUUGGACCCUCUCCUCCAGAGCCCCGCUGCUCUGUCUUUCCCUCCCUGGCCCUGGCCAUCCUUACCUCCAGCCUCCUCUGCCCCCUUUCCCCCCACUUCUCACCAGGAUCUGGCCCCCCAUUCCACCGGCACCCUUCUGGGCUACCCUUCACUGAGCAACCAGGGGGCGAUAUUGAGUCCAGCUCUGACCUCUGUGCGUCGAUCGCCCUCUAUCCCCAGCCAUCCUCAUAGACUUCAACAGCAUUUACCAAAUGGACCCACAAUCCCAUCACCUCUCCAGUCUGUUACACCACCCUCAUCAUCUUGCUCUACCUCCUCCUUUUCCACUGGCCCUUCCCAGGUUUCCUUCAGACCCUUUGCCCCUCUGGGUUCUCCAGUCUCAUCUCGCAGGGGUUUGGGUAACUCCAGUAAGCCCGCAAAGGCAUGGGGCACAGAAAUAGGGGCAUUCUGAUGAAUCUUUAUGGAACAACUUGGAGUUAUCACAGACCAUAAGGAAAAAUAUAUUAUUUGGACCCACACAUGACUAUUACCAAUGAUCAUUAAUGUAAGCAUUAGGAAAAACAUGCUGUGUUGUAAACUUUAAAUUACAUUGUUUAUUCAGUUCUUUCCACAGUUCUCCAAUGGCAUUCAAGACAGAAAAAAAACUUUAAACCAGGCAGGAAUAAUAUUAUCUGCAGAACCAUAGGUUAAUGUCAACCUUUGAAAAAAAUACAUGCAAUGUAGACUCCAAGAGAGACCAGAUGAGAUUAAAUUUGAAGUGUGUACACUGCAAAAAAUGAUUUUCAAGUAAUUGUGUCUUGUUUUCCUAUAAAAUUAUCUAAACAUUCUCAAAACGUGAUUUAUUUGCUAGUAAAGCAAAAAGAAAAAAGAGAAAUUGUAAGAGAAAUCUGACAAAAUUAAGCAAAUUUUAGACAAAGAAAAAAGAAACAUGUUUUUCCUCUGAAUUAAGUUUAGUUUUCUUACCCCAUUGGCAAACAGUUUGUUCUCGUUUUAAGCAUUUAUCUUACUAGAUUCGGUUAGAUUUGUCUCAAAACAAGACUUAAAAUCUUAAGGAUGUUUGCUUGUGAAGUAAAUAAAUCACGUGUUAAGAAAGAUACAAUUUGUAGAUCAUUUUACUGGAAAACAAGACAAAAAUACUUUUUGCAGUGUAAUUUCUGUAUCACUACCAUCACUAAACAGAAAUGCAAAAAACUAUUUUAUCAAAAAGUUAGCCCCACCCCAACACUCAUGCCAUUGGAUGAGCCAAUGUCGCUGUGUCUGGAUGAUUGGGAUGCCACAGUAUUUUCACUUUUCGGGAAAUCAGUUAACAGUCAUCUCCAUAUUAAACUGGCAUAGGAGAAAAUAUUUUAACAUCGAAAAACUAAACUCACUUCAGCUUUAAGGAACUGCUCAAAGCAUUCAGUGCUUUGAAUUUAGGAUAUUAAGUCCUAAUACUGGAACUCUGAUCAUUUAUGCAUAUAUACAUACGUGACAAACAUAAUAGAUCAUACAUUUCACAUGAAAAUUCUUGAGAAGAUUACAUAAAGAGAAAUGUGCCUUAUCAAAACUUUGUUCCUCCUGAGCUAUAUUGUGAUGCUUUUAUGUGACAGUGCUCACUAAUUUGUGCAUGUAUAUCAGGCCUGCAGUAGAUGUCACCACUUGAGCACAAUCUGAGUCAUACACAUUAUUUUGUGAGCAUUUAACAUCUCUCUUUUCCUGGUUCACAAAAUCAAUAGAAAAGCAAUUGUCUGUUUUGUUUUUGUGUGUAUGUGUGUAUUCUGUACCCAACACCAGCUGAGUUAUUUUACUGAAAAAAGAAAAAAAAACUAUGUGAGAAAUUAAAAGCUGAGAGAUCCCAUAGUACACAAAUGGCUUUUCAUCUGAAAGACUCCACUGGGUGCCAUAGAGCAAGGUGCCAUUUAGAGAGCAUGUUUUCUUUAGCUGUCUCCAGAGGGGGUGACGGGAACACUGCGGUUAGGCAGCCACUCAGUGAAAACAUGGUGGCUAUUGGCCCUAUUCCUGCAACAGCAAGAGGAAACCAGGCGCACUGGGUGCUCUCUCAUUCCCUAUCCCAACCACCCUCCAACUACAGGCUGUAAUUAGAGUGGAACUUCACUAAUCCUCACUCUUCUAAACACACACAGGAAAUAAACUAGAUAUCUAAGCACAUAUCGUCACACUUUUACAUUACUGAAAUGAAUGUGUAUGUAAUGAUACAUACAGGUACUGUACAACAACAAGAGAUAGAAUUGUGCAGUUACACUCACCAAAACAAGGGCCAAUUAUUAGCCAGUUUACACUUAGUCACUUCAUGUGUCUUGAUUGUGGGCAUGCACAUUCCAUUUACACCUGGUCAUAUAUAUGCAUCUCUCCAAAAAUAUAAAUCCAAUCUAUAUUCCUGCACUAUAUGCAAAUAUGACAGUUUACUACCACAAUGACGCUAAUAUCGGGCCGGUAAAUCUUGCUGUACUUGAUGUGGUUUAUGACAACAAAAAAUAGGAGGUGGCUAAAAUUGCUAAAGUUGCUUUGGCAAUUAUGGUACAAAAGGCAAUGCUCAAGUGUGGAUUGUGGGGCUCCAAAACUUCAGUAUACUGAUGUAAACUUCUGUUUUGGAGGAGUUUACAUUUGUGUCCUAAACAACCAGAUGCAUUUACACUUGGCCUAAACAUGUAUUGUAUGCAUCUCUAACCACAGCAUUAAUAUGUCUCCUUUCCCGAAAGUAUCAUUUACCCUGGGUCAUUUCAUGUUCAGAUAGCUAUCCAGUAAAUAAAAAGUUAAACGCAUGAAUUAACCAAGUCUAAAUACCCUACCCUCUAUGUCUUACUUGAGGACACCCUUGGAACACAGUGGCACCUUUCAGACAACACAAUGGGAGAUACAGUAUGCAUCAUUAAUAAGACAGUCUCAAAAAAGGAUUGGCGUUGUUGACCAUGAAAACUGAAUAAUGCUGUGUUCUACCAACAAAAGAGCAAUAACAACAAAACAAAUCAAAACAUCAAAGUGUUAGGCUAUGGAGAUGUUAUUUGGAAGUGAUGGUUUUGAAGGCAUGCAAGACUGUGUUUGGUUCUUGAGUUGUUAUUUGUUUGGUUGUGUGUUUUCCUCAGUUUAUACUUUAAAAGGGGCAUGGAAUGUGUGUAUGCUUGUUGAAGACUGUGGUGGGACUCUGCGUCUGUGAGGGUUAUGGCGCAACGAGGAAGCAUGUGGCAGAUUCCCAUGCGAGUGGCAUGCUGGAUGUGUGCGAUAAAGUGUAGAUAGUCUCGCAUGUGAGUGUGGUGCAUGUUUAUGUUAGUAAAUGUUUAGAAUUAUGUGUGUGUGUGUGUGUGUGUAGUUUUUCUUUGUUUUGGCACCAGCAGAUUCAGUGCUAUAACUACAGCUUCCAGUAUGGGCCACCACAAUCACAGGAGGCCAGCUUUCCCACGGGGAGGGGCCAAUGAAAAGAAAAAGAAGGAAUAUGCGGGAGAAAGGAUUAACCCAAACACAGGAACAGGAAAUUAAGAAUUCUGUAAAGAUUUUACAUUUGAAGAUUGGGGCUAGUUUUCACACAGUGAAGUUGUCACAAGGGCUAUAUCCCAGUAGCUAGAUACAAAAAUGUGUUUUCUCUAGAAGGGAUUUUGCAUGUUGUUUCAAACCCUCUUAAGUUAGAAUAAUUUUGUGAAUUCUAUUCUCUAAACUAAUAUUUCAAUAUCAUCAUACAGUAUUUUUGUAAUAGACAUUGGGUAAACUAGUGAACAAAACUAAACCACUCUUACAUAUAUUCAGGCAAGGGUCAACUUGUAAUGAAGGAAGAUUUUAACAGACAUAUUUAACUAUAUUCUCAGGGCAAGGGCAUUUUCCAUAAAUGUCAGGUCAGGGCAGGUUUUCACAUAUUCAUAGGGGCUGGUUGUCACAUGUGCUUAAAUGUAAUGAUUUUUCAAUUACAAUAUUUGUUGACCAAAACAAUGGCUUGAUAAUUUUGGUGUUUCAUUAAUUAUUUUGUUCUUUAUAAUUAUAACUGUUUUAUUUUCUCAAAAGCCUUAAAUAGGUUGU